AUGUUUGACAGAUACGAUGAUUUUUCAAGUUUUGUCAAUAACGAGAGUAUUAUUCUUUUUGGAGUGGCGGCAGCAAUUCUAUUUGCAUUAUUGGUAUACAUCCUUGGAUGGUGUUGUGGUCCAAAGAGCGAAAACUUUGUCGUUUUCAAUUUUUUGCUAUUAAUAUAUGACUUGGGGUUUGAUAUUGCAUUCUUGUUAGUGAAUGGUAAUGAUGUUCCAACGCUCUAUACUCCUAG